UCCCCUCUCCUCCCCCUCUUCUUCCCCCGAAUCCCCAAAUCCCAAGCUCCCGUCCUCCUCCUUCCCUUGGCCCUGGAUCUCCUCCUCCCGCCCCGCCCCGCCCCACCUCCCCCCGCCCACGGGAGCUCCCACCCCCCCGCCACGCCGCUGUCCCGUGGGCCCACCGCUCCUCCUUCCCCGCCUCCAUCCAUCCCGCGAACCGUAGCCCCCCCAAGGAGAGGGGAGGGAAGCUCGAAUCUUUGAUGUGCGGAAGCAGAUGACGACGCCGGUCGAAGAUAAGCCAGACGAUGUGGAGAUUCGCGAGGUGUGGGCGGAGAACCUCGAGGCCGAGUUCGCCGUGAUCCGAGAGAUCGUCGACGACUACCCGUAUGUCGCCAUGGACACGGAGUUCCCCGGCGUGGUCUGCCGACCACUGGGGACCUUCAAGUCCGCCGCCGACUUCAACUACGCCACGCUCAAGGCCAACGUCGACAUGCUCAAGCUCAUCCAGCUCGGUCUGACCUUCUCCGACGAGCGCGGCGGCCUCCCCGCCCUCGGUCCGGGCGGCCGCCCCUGCGUCUGGCAGUUCAACUUCCGAGGGUUCGACCCACGGACCGACGUCGCCGCCGCAGACUCCAUCGAUCUGCUACGCCGCAGCGGGAUCGACUUCGCCCGCCACGCAGCUGACGGCGCCGACUCUCGCCGGUUUGCCGAGCUGCUCAUGUCGUCAGGCGUCGUCAUGAACGCUGAGAUCCACUGGGUGACCUUCCAUAGCGGCUACGAUUUCGGCUACUUGCUCAAGCUGCUCACUGGCACCAACCUGCCGGACACCAAUUCUGGCUUCUUCGAUCUCAUCAGGAUAUACUUCCCUGUGAUCUACGACAUCAAGCACUUGAUGAGAUUCUGCAAUAGUCUCCACGGUGGACUGAACAAGCUCGCUGAGCUGCUCGAUGUCGAGCGGGUUGGAAUCUGCCAUCAGGCUGGUUCCGACUCUCUGCUCACCGCACUUUCGUUCAAUAAGCUCAAGGAGUCAUACUUCGGUGGGUUAACUGAGAAAUAUGCCGGUGUGUUAUAUGGUCUAGGAACAGAAGGUGGGGAGACCACCUCUGUUCACUGAGUAAUGGAUAGUUAAAUAAAAGAUGAACUAUUUAUGAAAAAAAAAGAGAAAUCUGUCUGGUGAAUGUGUGAUGUCUCAUUGUCUGCUUAUUUUCUUUUGCUCGACUCCAAAAAGGUACCACUUUUCCCCUCAGCUGUGGUAAUCCUUAAUGAGUUCGUUUAGAUUAGAUGACAUAAUUGUGUUGACCCAGUAGUUUGCUUGGUGAAGUUGGUUGAACGAGAAGGUUUGCCAAGAGAACACUUAAUAUGGGAAGCUUAUCAAGUACGACCUCUGUCCAACAAAAGAUGUCUUGAGUUUGUCAAAAUUUGGAUG